UAUAUUGGCCUUCUUCCCUCAAUCUUAGAAAAAUGGGUGAUGGACAAAAAAAAACCGAACUUUACGAUGCUUCACAACGCCCAUCCUCCUUGAAUGAGAGGAUCCUCUCAUCAAUGUCAAGGAGAUCGGUUGCUGCUCAUCCCUGGCAUGAUCUUGAGAUUGGACCUGGAGCUCCUCAAAUUGUCAACUGUGUUGUUGAGAUAACGAAAGGAAGUAAAGUUAAGUAUGAGCUUGACAAGAAAACUGGGCUGAUUAAGGUCGACCGUGUCUUAUAUUCAUCUGUGGUGUAUCCUCAUAACUAUGGAUUCAUUCCCCGUACCCUAUGUGAAGACAAUGAUCCACUGGAUGUUUUAAUCCUCAUGCAGGAACCAGUUGUUCCUGGCUGUUUUCUUCGAGCCAGGGCCAUUGGGCUGAUGCCCAUGAUUGAUCAGGGAGAGAAUGACGAUAAGAUCAUUGCUGUAUGCGCUGACGAUCCAGAAUAUCGACACUACACUGACAUCAAAGAGCUUCCACCUCAUAGACUAGCUGAGAUCCGGCGAUUCUUUGAAGACUAUAAAAAGAAUGAGAACAAGGAGGUUGCCGUGAAUGAUUUCUUACCUUCAAGUUCUGCUCAUCAAGCUGUCCAGCAUUCCAUUGACCUUUAUGCUGAGUAUAUAUUGCAGAGCUUGAGGAGAUGAGCAAAUGGGGGCAUAUUCCAUAAUAAUUCAUUUGUAUGGAUGGCGAUUGAAAAAGAAAGGGGUGGCUGCAUACCUCAUAAUUUUUGUACUAAGCAAUUUUCUAAGCUUGUAAGGCUAAAUAAUCCUAUGCCAACAAAAUAAAGGUGAAGUCUUGUUAUUUGAAUCAGUUGUUUGUGUUGCCUUUCGAUAAAGUUGUAAACCCUUGAAAUUAAGAUCCAUUUUUUUUUCUCAUUUCCUUACACUUUCCACAUUUUUUUAAUAAAUUGCUUCAAGGUCCAUCAAUUCCUAGAGCAAUAUCUUAGAUGGCCUGGCCCAGUGGGUUCAGACCCCCAUUAGAAUAAGUUUGUUUUUCUAUAUAAUUUCAUCGUUACCAACUUGCUGUUUUCUCUUGUCUUUGACUUUUAAAACCAAACAGUCCAAGGGGGAAGCCCACCCCAAGCCUGAAAUCUGAAAUAUUUGUGGUUGGCUUGGCCCAUGAAAAUGUGAACUUGUAAUAAUAAUUCCCAUAGCAGUCGCACACCUUCCUGGUUGUCGACCGGCUUUAUCGCUGUCGGAUGUCUAUGCAAAAAACAAACACAAAAAGAUAAAAGGAGGAUAAGCUGCUUGUAUAAUUUUGGUGGAUUAGUACCCACCUCAGCCAUCUGUAUCACCUAGGAUUAUUAAUUACGGCCAUGAGCUUCUGUCCUCGUACACGGUUAUGAGCUGGCAAUUGUUAAUUGUCAUUGAUGAUUAUAAGUUGGAGAUAAGGACUUUGAUUAUUUGAUUAGCUCAUGUGGCAAAGGAAUUGGAACACAACACCAACACGUCUGUGCCUAUAUGGUCGACGGGUAGUCUUUGGCAUAUUUAUAUGUUGGUCUCUUACAUUCUUCGAAGUUCAAACCAGGUUCAAACCAGAAGGAAAGCAGAUAGAUUUCCACCAUGGAGUUCCCCUCUCCCUCCUGCGAAUUCCAGAGACUCAAUAGGGACCUUCUCUCAGAUAUUAUUGCUCGACUCGAUGGUUCGUCGGUGGCAGCUGCUGCCUGCGCCUGUUCUGAUGUCCGAGAUGUGGCUCAAGACCAAAGCUUAUGGCAACAGCUGUGUCACUCCACAUGGCCUUCCACUGCACUGGAAGAAGCCCAAAGCCUGAUUUCAUCUUCUUCCAUUGGUGGGUUCAACAAAUUCUAUGCUGACUCCUACCCUUUAGUUUUAUACGAUGAUAUCACCAGAGACACCACCGGAAACCAAGUAUGCCCAGGACUUCGCACCUGCGCCUGGCCCUCUGAUUUCGUGUCACUGAUAGACAUCUAUUACAAGAAGAAAUGCAUCCUCUCCAGGGUAGUAGAUGGUAUACCUGAGGCUGUGGAUGUUUAUAAUGACCCAGAAUGCAACUGGGAUGAGACUUCCAAUGAUCAUCAGAUGUGGUUCUCAAAUUGCCCUUUUAAACUGGAUGUAUUGAUCUCGAAGUCCGGGACAGCAAUUGGUGACAAUGAUGAUGAUGCUGCUGCCAGCAACAGGCAUCAAAAUCUAAGAAACCUUCCAUGCUUCUCUAAUGUGGAAGGAAGAUGGAGGGGAGAUUUUUGCAAAGAGCUAGAGGACCUGAGGCUAAGUUGGGUGCUGUUUGACAAGAAAAAGGGGAAAGCUGUCAAUCUGUCGAGCUGGAAGCCAUUGUUGGUACAGAGAAGCUGGCACUCUGGUAUGGACUACAUGCUGCGUUUUGGGUGCAUCGUACCAAUGGAUGAGCAUUUGCUUCCUCACAAAUUGGCUGAAUGUGUGAUAUUGGUUAAAUGCAUGCUGACAGAAGGAGGAGGGCCUGUUAUGUGGAGGGAAAUUAGUAUGAAUGUUGAGGACAUGGCAGGGGCACCUCUCAGUGGCAGGAAGAGUUUGAUGGUUCUGAAUCGGGCUCUAUACUGCUUGCGCAGUAAAAAUCACCUUGAGCUGGAAGAGGGAUAUCGUAGGUUUGAAAGGGAGAAGAGAGAGAUUAAAAGGAGAAAGGAGCUCAGGGAAGCAUUAGCUGAUAGGCUUUGUAUAUCAAUUGAAAUUGCUGUCUUCAUAACCUUUUGUUAUGCUUGUACUAUAUUUUUCUAGCUAUAUCACCAUGAAGAUUCUAGUAAAAAACUUGUAUAUUGUCAGCUGAGCAUGCUAUCAAAGGCCUAGCACACAAAUGUUAGGAUAACCAUCCAUGCAUUGAAGUAACAAUGAUAAAGCCCAGGUGUGGGCAAGGUCUAUAUGGCUGACAUUCAAGCCUGUAAUUAAAUCAGUACUCAAUGUUAACAGAUUAUUGCUUGAGAAAGCAUUACCAAACA